AUUUAAUUUCUCUCAUGCACUUGUUAACCACUUAUUUUAACAUUUUAAUUGAGUAACAUUUGUGGAUAAACUUAAAUAAUUAAGAAGCUAUUUGGGAUCAGUCAAAGUCGACAGAAAAUGAGUUGUCGAAGUGAUUUGAUUCUUGAUUGUUUAGUGUCCAGUUAGGCUUCUGGUCUUGUUCUUGGUGUAGCCUAGCCUUGUGGUUUAUUAACCUCAAUUCAAGGAGUUGUAGAUGUUCUUUUACUUUAAUGGCAAUUAAACUAUUCUAACAUGAAAGGGGAAAAUAAUAAUAGUGUUGUCUGUGAAAGAAGAGAUCAAUCUGAGGGUUCAAACAUAAUUUUAAAAACUAUUGCAAAUCAGUUGGACAACAGUGUAAAGGCACCAGAGAUUCAGGAUUUCAAUAUCUUGAAACCAAUAAGCCGGGGGGCUUAUGGCAAAGUAUUUCUAGGAGUAAAAAAAGCCCAUCCGGAACAAAUGUACGCUAUUAAGGUGAUGAAGAAAAAUGAAAUGAUAAAUAAGAACAUGGCCAGCCAAGUGGUGACAGAGAGAAAUGCCUUGGCUCUUACACGAAGUCCGUUUUGUGUCCAGCUCUUUUACUCGCUGCAGACUCCAAACUGUGUUUACUUGGUGAUGGAGUACAUGGUUGGUGGAGAUCUGAAGAGUCUAUUGAGUCAGUAUGGUUUUUUCGAUGAGGACAUGGCGACUUUCUACGUAGCAGAGGUUGUACUUGCUCUCCUAUACCUUCACAAUCACGGGAUUGUUCAUCGCGAUUUAAAGCCAGACAACAUGCUGCUGGCUCACUCAGGUCACCUGAAACUGACAGAUUUUGGCCUCAGUAAAAUAUCCUUGCACAGAGAUCUGGAGAUAGAAGACCUAGUAAACGGAACUCCAUAUCAAGGCACUUCUCGUACGCCGGGCCAACUACUGUCACUUACCUCACAUCUGUCUUUUGGUUCACACAAUGGGACGCCGUGCCAGCGUAACUCUACCGCUAUCAACGACAGCCGGAUGUCAGGCGUAAGUCCGUUCCAUUCUGCUGAACAUCACUUACAGAACGAUACGUCAUUGUCGUACCACACGUGCGAGGAGUGUUCUGGAGAGAUCAAUGGAAUUUGUCACCACGGGAAGGAGAACCAUCUCUUUACCCCAUCUCCUCUGUCUAGAUCCAGAUCAUUCAAACGACCAGGUUCCAUGAGAGAUCGUAAGAGGAAGCGUAAAGGGCUGCUGUUGAUGGACAACCUGUUCAAUGACUCUUCCCAAGGCCAUUCUAGCUCAGGUCUCACUCAAGGCAUCAAUGCCUUGGAUCUCACAGAAAGCUCUCCCAAACGAUUCAACGGUCGUCUCAGCCCAAACCUGAAAAGUGUUCUCAAACCAAGGUGUUACUCUGAUGAGGACUCUAGACCCAGUGUAAUGUUCUCUACCCCUGUGUCAGCCAGUGCCAGAUGUCAAAGUGACUCUACAGCUCUACCCAAAGUCACCAGGUUCAACCUGCCAGAAAUUGAUGCUUCACAUAUUGAGGAGAUUGGUGUGAGUCCGAUUGCCACGCCACAUCCGCAACGCAACUCUCAGACGCCGUUCCGCACUCCCAAGUCUGUGCGCCGAGGCAAACCUGUGUCCGACCAGAGGAUCUUGGGAACACCGGACUAUCUUGCGCCAGAGAUACUGCUGCGUCAGGGAGAUGGGGCCAGUGUAGAUUGGUGGGCUCUGGGAGUGUGUAUGUACGAGUUUAUGACCGGAGUCUUGCCUUUCAACGAUGAAACCCCACAAGCUGUCUUCAAGAAUAUUUUGAAAAGAGAGCUAGACUGGCCAGACGGAGACGAGGCGUUGUCGCAGUCUGCGUAUGACGCCAUCAACUCUCUAUUGACUCUAGACCCAGCACUGAGGCCGUGUGGAGAGACAGUCAAACAGCUGGCACACUUCUCCUCUGUAGAAUGGGAUGGGCUGUUGGAGGCUAUUCCGCCGUUUGUACCUGAACCGGAGGACAUCGGCGACACCUCAUACUUCCAGGCUCGAAACGUCAUGCAACAUCUCCACAUGUCAAACUUUGAUAUGUAAAAAUAUCGUCUUUGUAUACAGUAUCGAGAGUUUAAAGUGUAUAUAGCUAUAUGGGUUGUAUGCUUUAAUAAUUUAUACAUAUAUUAAAACGUAUUUGGUUUCUAUGCUGUGAA